AUGGAGUCAAAUACACCUUCAAAUGUCAAAUAUUUACAAAAUCAGGUCAAUUGUGUGCAGAAUGAGUUACCUUCUGUUUCACUGAUUCCAGUUACCCUGAACAGCAACAUUGAAGUCAAAGCAUUACUAGAUUCCGGAUCGGUAAUAACACUUAUUGAUAAAAAACUGCUUCCAAGAGAUACUGAAGUCUACCCAUGGCAAAAAGGUGCAUACAAAGUAGCUGGGAACAUGUUAACCCCUAUAGGAUGGAUAUCUGCAAGAGUACAGGUGGGUAAAAUUGAUUACAUAAUGCCACAGAUAGCAAACGGAUCCAGUAACAAUAACAGAGCCGAAAUAACAACAGUAGUAAAUCAGUAUUCAGAUAUUUUCAAGACCGAUGAAAAUGACAUAGGACAGUAUCCUGAUAUAGAAAUAAAAAUUGAAUUGCAUCACGAUAAACCAAUAAAGUGUAAGCCUUACAGAUUACCCGAGCCAGAAAGAAAAUUUUUGAAAGAAACUGUUAACAAAUGGAUUCAACAGAAAGUAUGCAGACCAUCAGAAUCACCAUAUGCUGCACCAAUGUUUGUGGUUGAGCAGCGACAGCAUUCUACAACACCCUACAGACCAGUAGUUGAUUACUCUAGAACAAUAAAUCCCAUCACCAAAGUUGACGUACAGCCAAUAGAGCGAAUGGAAGAUAUUGUGAAUAAAAUUUCAGAAUUUAUUUUUAAAUUUAAACUUGAUAUUUACCAUGCCUACCACAAUAUAAGAAUCAGAGAAAAAGAUAUAUACAAAACAGCUGUAAUAACACAGGAUCACCAUGUAGAAUUCAUGCGUUUUAUGUUUGGUUUAGUUGGAGGUCCUGCAGUCAUGUCAAAGGUCAUUAAUAGCACUUAUGGUAAAAUUUAUGACUUAGGAAUUAGAAUGUACUAUGAUGAUAUCACCGGAGGAGCAAACACAAUAGGAGAUUUGAAGAAUAUUUUACACCAAGUCCUAACAGCGACAAGAGAGAAAAAUCUAAAACUCAAUAAAGAAAAAUGUAUUUUUAUCACAACAGAGCUACCAUUAUUUGGAAGAAUGGUUGGAUACAAAGAAGAACGGCCAGAUCCAAAAAGCACCAUAGCAGUACAAAAAUAUACUACACUAUCUAGCAGCACAGAAGAUGAUUCAGAAACAAUUAUAGAAACUGAUAGCAGUUAUGUGGGUAUGGCAGCCUGCCUCCUACAAAUUCAAAAUGGUCAAAAGAAAGUCAUUGAAUAUGCAAGCAGAUGUUUAAAGGAAGCUGAAACCAGAUAUCACAUUAAUGAACUAGAGGUAACAGCUGUGCACUGGGCAAUUGUGAGUAAAUUCAGAAUAUUUUUGUUAGGAAGGAAAUUCACUCUUAUCACAGACAACUACUCCACAGCAUAUAUUAUUAAUAAGUCAAAACUAAAUAGGAAAUUCGCACGUUAUGUCAUAGACCUUGCACCGUUUGACUUCACUCCUAUGCACAGACCGGGCAAACAAAAUUUUAUUGCUGAUCAUUUGUCUCGCUACCCGUUGGAAGAAAUAUGUAUGAUGGUAAUUUCCAGUAAUGAAGAUAAAUUAAAGUUGGCACAAGGUUCUGAUAAUUUUAUCAAACAGAUAAUUUCUAAAUUGAAAUCAAAUGAAAACACCCAUAAUUUGAAGCACAUUCGAGAGUCGUUCAUAGAAAAAGAUGGUAUUUUAUUGCAUAAAAAUGAAAAAGAAGCCUUUUACAAAGAGAAAAUUGUCAUAACUCAAAGUCUUUGGUCUUCAAUAAUUAAAAUAGCACAUGAUGACAGUGGUCAUUUAGAUUUCAGCACUACCUUGGAGAGGAUCAAAAUGAAAUAUUGGUGGAAAACUCUAAGGCAAGACGUUAAAGCAUACACAAAGGCAUGUAUGAUAUGA